AUGGCGCCAUAUCAACGGUACGCCGUCGCCGCCGCAUUGGCAACAGUCAUAUCUGCAGCUCCACAGAAGUUGGACUACGCUGAACUGACUGCCGCUCCCACUGUCGCCGAUGGACCCUCUGCGAUUGACACUGAUGUCAAUGGGCAGCAGACAGCAACUCUCCUCACGAGUUUCGCCGUCACCGGUGCAACAACGGCGAGUGCGACUCCUACUGCCAACGUUCAAGGCCGUAACAUUGAAGCCCGAGGUGUUGUGAGCAGCGAUGUGACUGAUUCGACCUACAAUGCGAAGCUUGGAGAUGUUGGGCAGCUCACCACUGUCAAUCGUGGUGUUACGUACUGGAUCAACGGCGCCAGCACUCACAACUUCUUUGGAAACAUUGCCAACUUCGGCCGCAUAUUCAUCAGCCAAACGAACUAUUUGAAGUCCAACCCCUACGCUGGUGGUCAGACCUCAGACUGGGUCGGUCAUGAUGCAAACAACGGCAACCUGCAAAACGCAUAUGGUGCCUUGAUCCAGCUCAAUGACAUUGGCUCUGCUUCAGCUCCCACCUAG